AUGUCAUCCAAAUCCCACCCCUUCUCAUUCGGCAUUGAAAUGGAGCUCUACCUCAAGCCGAAGUCUACAUCCCUAAAACAAAGGCUGCAGAAACUUGGGUUCAAGCCGAAUGACAUGGACAAAACCAAUCAACAACUCAUUUUUCGCAAGGCCAUGGCUGAUGAAUUUACCCAGAACAAUAUACUCACUAGAACGGAGAAAAGUAGUGUGUACGAUAGGUGGACGAUAGCCCACGAGGCAGCUCUUGACGACAUUGGAGGUGGUUACUUGUUGCUCAGAAGCUGCGAUGUGCACCUUACCAAAGGCUGCGCAACGCAUGUCCAUGUCGCUCCUGCUGGCGGAAAGUAUACACUUUCCCAGGUAAAAAACAUCGUCAAGGGAACCAUCUACUAUGAAUCACCGGUGAUGCGGAUUAUGCAUGAAGAUCGCAAGGAAAACCCCUGGGCCCAACCUAACGCGAAUAUUAUCCCCGGCUGCAUGACGAAAAUCAAAAACGUCUCUCAGGGAGGGUGGAGUCCCAUUUUCGACGAGUUCAAAGAUCACAAGUUCGUCGCUACAAUUGUGACAGCAGUGUGCCCGGACAGGAAUGUAUCCUGGAACUUCCAGAACCUGACAGAUAGCGGAACCAUGGAGUUCCGUCGUCCUCGUGGAGUCGACAAUCCCGACGCCGCGAAGCACUGGAUUGCAUUCACUGUGGGCUUUAUGGCCAAUGUGAUCCGGGAGGAGAACUGGGACGCGAUCAGUCAUACUAAAACCCACCCAUCUACGGACCGCCUUCGCGCGGUAGUUGUAAGAGGGGCCACAUCUAUUAACCUACCCGUUCAUUCUUUCUUAGUCCCAGCAUUGAUGGCAGACAACAACAAGGCCGCAACGGUGCUUACUAAAGAAGAAAGAGCAAUUAUUCGCCAGAAGAUGGCCAAAAAGAAGAACAAGCGCAGCUUGUUUGUGGAAAAGGUGCAUUAA